GAAUGAGAGACCUGGCACAGAGCAGGGGAAAAGACGGUGAGCUAAAUACAAAUUGAUUUAUUAAAUAGAUAUGAUUGCUUCCCGUCUAUUCGAUGGAUGGAAUUUGCUCACAGGGCUGUGGAAGUGGCCCUAAACUGUCCUACAAACAUGUAAAGGGGAACAGACAAAUUUAAGAGGAGAAGAAGAGAAAGAAGAGGGACAACCUAGUACUAAGGAGGGAUUUCCUGACAGUGAGAACAAUUCAUCAGUGGAACAGCUUGCCACCAGAAGUUCCGUGGUUGCUCCAACACUGGAAGCUUUUAAGAAGAGAUUGGACAACCCUUUGUCUGAAAUGGUAUAGAGGGUCUCCCGCCAUGGACAGAGGAUUGGGCUAGAAGACCUCCAAGGCCCCUCCCAAGCCUGUUAGUCUCUUAUCUAACUUCCAUGGCACAGAAUCUCUCUCUCUCUCUCUCUCUCUCUCUCUCUCUCUCUCUCUCUCUCUCUCUCUCUCUCUCUCUCUCUCUCUCUCUCUCUCUCUGCAAUCUAUUUUGGUCGGGCUGGGAAGGGGCCUCAUGUGCAACACGGCCUCUCUUGAUGCUUCAGGGCACAACUGCUUCCCUCGUGCUGCUUAGCUGCUGUUUGGAAAGCCUUUUCAUGCAUCCUCCUCAGGCAGCUGACUAGCAGAGGGAGGAUGGGGGGGCUCUUCUCCGUCAGCCUGCUCUUCAACAGGAGGGGCCACAAGGAGAGAAACCGGUAGUCGGAGAGCUGCUGGUUGACCCAAGCAGAGCAGAGCAGAGCUUUGCAAGCAAAAGAUGUGUGGACUUCAACUCCCAGAAUUCCCCAGCCAGCGUGACAAACGUUGCCUUAGACCAGGGGUGGCCAGCCUUGGCCCCUUCAAGGCGGCUGUCGGGGGAAUUCUGGAGUUGAAGUCGGUGCGUCUUGAAGAGCCCAAGGUUGGACACCUCCACCUCAGAUGUCUCACUCAGCUCCCCCCCCUCCCUUGUCCACGCUGACUGGGGAAGCCUGUGCAGAGUGGCUAGCAGGGAAGGUGCCUUCGUACCCAGGCCAGAGGUGGCGCAGGGGGAAAGCCCCUGGACAGGAGGGGGCACGGCUGAGCUGGGCUGGCAGGGCCGGAGGUGGCUCUUCCCUCCUUCAGGGCAAGCCAUGCCUGUCCUUGAUCAGCGCAGCCAUUUCGGCUGCAGAGAGAUGGAGCUACAACACGGGAAACCUUCCACUUACGUCCAUUCGUGAAAUAAAAUCCGGGCGCAUCAGAGCCUCUGAAGGAGGAGGGAGGCGACACCCCUUGGCACCCCGCAGUCUUGGCGCAACUGGAUUCAGGCAUCGCAUAUUAGGAGCUACAUCGAUCUGAGCACAGCCCGCUCAGGAGGAUGGGCCUCUUAGUCCACCUGCUGGUCUGCCUGCUGGGCACCGGCUCCUGGGUGGCCAUCAAUGGCGUGUGGGUGGAGCUGCCGCUGCUUGUGCCCCGCGUGCCCGAGGGCUGGCUCCUGCCCACCUACCUGACCAUCAUCAUCCAGCUGGCCAACCUGGGGCCCCUGGCCUUCACCCUGGCGCACCGCUUCCUCCGGGGCCAGGCAGACGAGGUGGGCGUCAUCUACGGGCUGCUGGCCCUGGGCUGCCUGGCCUGCCUCCUGCUGGCCUUCUUCUGGCAGGAGACGCGGCCGCUGGGCGCCUCCCAGUACAGCCUGGCGCUGCUGGUGCUGCUCUUCUUCCUGGCCCUGGUGGACUGCACCUCCUCCGUCACCUUCCUGCCCUACAUGCGCCGGCUGCCACCUCGGCACCUCACCAGCUACUUCGUGGGGGAGGGGCUGAGCGGGCUCUUCCCGGGGCUGGUGGCGCUGGGGCAGGGGGUCAGCAUGGCUCGCUGCGUCAAUGCCAGCCUGGCGGGCAAUGGCACCACGGAGGUGCUGGCCGAGUACCAGGAGGCCCGUUUCUCCGUCCGGACCUUCUUCCUCUUGCUGAGUGCCAUGAUGGCCUUCAGCCUGGCAGCCUUCCUCGUCCUCAACCACCUGCCUGGACUGGCAAAGGGGUACCGUGUCCAGCAAGGAAGCCCGGAUGGCGCAGCAGCCACCGUGACGGGACAUCGCGCGCUCAGGGCCAUCGACUCCCGCUGCGGCCCAGUCUCCUCCCGUGCUCAGAAGGCCUGCGUCUUUGGGCUGAUGGCCUGGGCCAACGCACUGACCAACGGCCUCCUCCCUCCGCUGCAGUCCUACUCCUGCCUGCCCUACGGCCGCCUCGCCUACCACCUGUCAGCCACCUUGGGCAGCCUGGCCAACCCGUUGGCCUGUUUCCUCGGGAUGUUCCUGGUCAGCAGGUCUCUGAGGCUGCUGGCUCUCCUCUCCUUGGCUGGAUCCCUCCUGGCCUGUUACAUCAUCAGCACGGCAUCUCUCAGCCCCUGCCCGCCCCUGCUCCAUUCGCCCCUCGGCAUUCUCCUCAUCGUCCUCUGUUGGGUCCUCUUCAUCGGCCUCUUCUCUUACGUCAAGCUGAUGAUUGGCAAGAUUCUGCGCGAUGAGGGACGCAGCUCCCUGGUCUGGUGUGGGGCUGUGGUCCAGCUGGGCUCCAUGGUGGGGGCUCUCAUUAUAUUCCCCCUGGUCAGCAUCUACGGCUUCUUCCACUCGGGAGACCCCUGCAACUCCAGCUGCCCCAGCUAAUGGCACCCUGGAGGGGCCCACCACCACUGGGAUUGUUGGCACUGGCCCUGCCACAAAAGCUGCCAAGAGGCCCCUCCCCUCCAGUCCUAGUCAGAAUAGAGCUGGAAGGGACCUUGGAGGUCGUCCAGUCCAACCCCUGCUCAAGCAGGAGACCCUGAACCAUUUCAGACAAGUGGCUGUCCAGUCUCUUCUUGAAAACCCCCAGUGAUGAAGUACCUACUACUUCUAGUGGCAAGCUGUUCCACUGGUUAAUGGUCCUCACUGUUAGGAAGUUUCUCCUUAAUUCCAGGUUGCUUCUCUCUUUUAUUCAUUUCCACCCAUUGCUUCUUGUCCUGCCCUCAGGUGCUUUGGAGAAUAACUUGCCUCCCUCUUCUUUGGGGCAGCCCCUGAGAUAUUGGAAGACUGCUAUCAUGUCCCCCCUGGUCCUUCUUUUCUCUAGACUGGCCAGUGGCCGUACCCAAAUCCUGCAACCGUUCUUCAUAGGUUUGUCUUUAAACAUCCUAGUUGCUCUUCACUGCACUUUUUCCAAAGUCUCAACAUUUCUUUUUUUUGUAAUGUGGUGACCAAAACUGGACGCAGGAUUCCAGGUGGAGCCUUAUUAAGGCUUUAUAAAGCGGUACUAAGACUUCACGUGAUUUUGAUUCCAUGCUGUCUCCCCCCCCCACCCCGGGAGAUUGUGCUUCAGGUCAGCCUUGGCGGGAGGUGGUCUGGCAACAGCGGGGUCUCCUCUUUAUUGCUGUCCCUUUUCUAUAUCCAGCUGAUCCCCUCUGUGGCAUUUAAGCUCCAUUUUCUUUUGCCACAAGUUAUAUAAGGUUGGCAGGUCUUUUUUAAGGUGUCCAGCUGUUCUCUGCUUUCUUUCACAAGAGCAAAGUGGGGGGUGUUCCUUUUCCAGAGCAGCAGAAUUGCAUCAAUUUUACAAUUCCAUCUUUGCGGGUGGGGGCAGAGUCAGCAGUCAGAAUGAGCAGAAUCUUCAUUGAUGAGUCUGGGGGCUACAAGCCAGGCUGGGAAAGUCAAACACACACACACACACACACACACACACUGCUUCUCUGCUGUUGCUACCAAGGAUUCCCCCCCCCCAUCUGUUCACUGUCCAACACUCAGUAUCCAGGGCAAAUUUCACCCUGAUUCAGUUCAGGCAGACUUCCAAAUUUGCAGAGCAGACUCGAGGUUCCAAGUCCCACCCAGAAGAAAACUCCCCAAUCCCCUCCCACCCAGGGAGUGCUACUGCCAGCCCCGCCCCAUUUGCUUUCCAAAGGGGGUCAGGCAAGCUUUUUUUUUUUAAUUUUUUUUUAUUUUUAAACAAACAAAACAUAAAAAAUCCAUCUUCCAUAACAAUUGCAAACAGUGUGUCGGUCGGUUACAAAUCCCUUGUGCUUCGUCCCCAUAUUCAUAUUUUACUAAUUGUCUAAUUUCUCAUAUCAUCAACCUAAUAUAUAUCUUUGUAUCAUUAUCCUCAUUUAUCAUUUAUCUAACAAUGGCAUCAUCAUUCCAGAAAAAAUUAUCUUCACAUAUUAUAACAUUCAUUUUAGAUUUCAUAUUUCAUUUCCAUGUUUUAGUAUCUAGCCAUUGAUAAAAUAAGUCCCAUAUCUUGUAAUAUUGUUUAUCUUCUUGUUCUCUAAUUUCAAAUGUCAAUUUAUUCAUUUCAGCACAUUCCAUAAUUUUCUUAAUAACAUUAUCUUGUAUUGGUAUUUUCUCGUUUUUCCAGUUUUUAGCAAACACAAUUCUAACCGCUGUCAAUACAUUCACAAUCAAAUAUCUCAAUUCUCUAUUGUAUGUUUCUGGCACAAUUCCUCAUAAAAAAAAUCUCUGGUUUAAA